GUUGGGUGGCACAGCCUGACCCUCAGCAUGCAAUCUGAACCAUCUGACUGGGAAGGCUUGGCUUCAGAAUCAGAGUGGGCCAGCUAGAAGGUGCCGCCAGCUUCCCUGCUUGGAGCAAUCUGAUGCUGCAUUAAUUAGCACCACGGUACAAGGAUUGGGUGGAUGUGCUGCUGGUGCUGGGGUUGUUGCCGCAACGUUUGCCCACUCAGAAAUCAAGACGAAGCAGGGAAGCGGGAUGGCAGCACAUUCCGCCAACAUUAAGGAGGACAUUUCAUUGUCAAUCACAGAGGAUGACAUUAAGUUCUACUGGAAGAAGAUUGGGAAACCAGCUAACUCAUUUCCCAGGAUACACAGGAAACAUAAUGUUAGCUUAGUGCACAUGGCCAACGUCUUUAGAGCAAUUAGCGUGGAGGUGGCAAGCUUGCCUUUGGAGGAAGCACCCAACUGUUGGGAAAAGCUGCAGGAGAAACUGGGAUACAAUGACAAGCAGAUGGCGGAAGUCUCAAGUAUUCAAAAAGAUGAAAGAAUCGGGUUUCAAGCUUUUGUGAAGGAGUGUGCAGCUGGCACCGCACGUGACGGCAGCGCAGAAACGCAGGGGAGAAAGCGAAAAGCGAGCGAGUUGGGAAAGAGUCAUAAAGAGGUGGUGCCAGGUGCCCCAUCAGUCGUACAAAAGAAGCGGAGCAAGAUGACAAAGCGGAAAACGAAAGACACGGAGCCAAGCGGCGCAGCUGACAAGAAGGGAGCUCGUGCUUCGCCAACAUCUCCCGCAGCCAACCGGCGGAGCUUGUCACCAGCUCCACAGCCUGUGCAUUCUGUCCGAAGGUCACCACGGGCGUCUCUGUUCCCCGAGAUGCAUCGUAGUGCUGCAAACGGUCCUGCACAAGGUCCUAGCACAUCAAAGCGGACCGAGAGCCCCGAAGGGGUUACUACUCCAUCUUCUCGAGCGGAGCCGCUAUCGCAGUCCGCCGGUUUGGGAGCGGACAAAGGACAAUCUCCCGAAAAGGCAAAUGAGACCACCGGGUCAACCGCGAAGGAAGGCGGGGGACCUUCUCAGACUGCGGACAUUCCCCAAGCAGAGGAGCGGCGGAUGUCUCCUCGGAGACCGACCGGGCCUGAUCCUACCCCUUCAUCGUUUCCACCGUCUCAGACCGGAGCCCCAGUAAGCAGCCCCGGACAGAGGAGGGAAAGGUGGACUUCUCCAAGAAGAACAAGCCGGCAUGCGAACGAAACCCCGAAGCCAUCAACGAGUCCUGGUCUUUCUCCCGCUCGCAAGUCAAAGAAAGUUGCUCCGAAGGAACGCCCUUGCCCCAGCAAUACAAUACCCCCUUGCCCCGGUUUGGUCCCGUCCGCUGCAAACAAGUGCAAGACGUGCGGCUUCGACGUCAAAAGCUUCCGCCGACGCGCUCAGGAGGAGAAACGAGAAAAGAAAGUGAGCGCCGUUAAAGACACAAAAGGAAUCAUACGCCGGAUCAAAGACGACCUUAUGCUUCUGUCCGAAAAAGGUUUUCAAACAAGCUUGGUCUGGUAUGACGAUUCAACGGAAUCCGGCGCCUCUCUCGGAAAGGUAGGAAGGAAGGCAGAGUCAAAGAGCAAGGAAGCUCACUUUCUGGGUUUCGGAGACCUCGGCAGUUCCUGGGUUGGCAGCGAUGACGUCCAGAAGUCGUACAAAAGGGCCUUAAGGGUAUAUAAGAAAGCGAAGAAAGAUCAGAGCGAGGAGAAAACCUCAAAAGGCGACCAGAGCAAGGCUCACACUUCAGCUAAUGGACCGCCGAAUACUGCUAGUGUUCCCGGUCCUUCAAGCUCGUCGUAUAGCUUGCCACAAAGCCUUCGUAGCUUUGUAGCCUCCUUGAAUAUGGAGGAGACCCUGAGGAGCAAGGUUCUUGCGUGUCUAGAAUCUGGGGAAGUGGAUGAAGCGAGUCUGAAAGAGUUGAUUGAUGAUAAAGAUUGGUUGAACUCGAUUUUCGGGGACAAGGCUGGUCCUCGGAUGUUAUUUAAAGUAGCCGUGAAAAAGUGGGCAAACAGUGGACCCUAGGAUAUAUUGUAACGUUUGGACGUUGCUAAGCUCGUUCAAUGUGUGCAUGAGUAAUGACAUCUGAUUGAAUUUUCG